CAGCCACCCAGCCGUCUCCACCCCGGGCUCCACCGGUCCUCGGCCUCCGCCUGCCCGGGCUCCCGCACACCCCGCACAGUUCCUCCCUUGCCGGCAGAUGUGCGUGCGUGGGGUCGGCCCACGGCGGGGACUAUGGUGAAAUUCCCGGCGCUCACGCACUACUGGCCCCUGAUCCGGUUCUUGGUGCCCUUGGGCAUCACCAACAUCGCCAUCGACUUCGGGGAGCAGGCCUUGAACCGGGGCAUCGCGGCCGUCAAGGAAGAUGCAGUGGAGAUGCUGGCCAGCUAUGGGCUGGCCUACUCGCUAAUGAAGUUCUUCACGGGGCCCAUGAGCGACUUUAAGAAUGUGGGCCUGGUUUUUGUCAACAGCAAGCGGGACAGGACUAAGGCCGUCCUGUGCAUGGUGGUAGCGGGGGCCAUCGCUGCCAUCUUUCACACCCUCAUCGCUUACAGCGACCUUGGCUACUACAUCAUCAAUAAGCUGCACCAUGUGGACGAGUCUGUAGGGAGCAAGACGAGAAGGGCCUUUCUGUACCUGGCCGCCUUCCCUUUCAUGGAUGCCAUGGCAUGGACCCAUGCUGGCAUCCUCUUAAAGCACAAAUACAGCUUCCUGGUGGGCUGUGCCUCCAUCUCAGAUGUUAUAGCACAGGUGGUCUUUGUGGCCAUCCUGCUGCACAGCCACCUGGAGUGCCGGGAGCCACUGCUCAUCCCCAUCCUGUCGCUGUACAUGGGCGCCCUGGUGCGUUGUACCACCCUGUGCCUCGGCUACUACCGUAACGUUCACGAUGUCAUCCCCGAUCGCAGCGGUCCCGAGCUGGGGGGAGACGCGACCAUCAGGAAGAUGCUGAGUUUCUGGUGGCCCCUGGCGCUCAUCUUGGCCACUCAGAGGAUCAGCAGGCCCAUCGUCAACCUCUUCGUCUCCCGAGACCUUGGCGGCAGCUCUGCAGCUACAGAGGCCGUGGCCAUCCUGACAGCUACAUACCCGGUGGGCCAUAUGCCGUAUGGCUGGCUGACUGAGAUUCGUGCCGUCUAUCCGGCCUUCGACAAGAACAACCCCAGCAAUAAGGCGGUGAGCACCAGCAACACAGUGACGGCUGCCCACAUCAAGAAGUUCACAUUCGUGUGCAUGGCCUUGUCUUUGACGCUCUGUUUCGUGAUGUUCUGGACCCCUAACGUCUCCGAGAAAAUCCUCAUCGAUAUCAUCGGGGUUGACUUUGCCUUCGCAGAACUCUGUGUGGUCCCCCUACGCAUCUUCUCCUUUUUCCCCAUUCCAGUGACCGUACGCGCACACCUCACUGGUUGGCUCAUGACGCUCAAGAAGACCUUCGUGCUGGCUCCCAGCUCUGUGCUCCGCAUCAUCGUGCUCAUCACCAGCCUCGUGGUUCUGCCCUACCUGGGGGUACACGGCGCCACCCUGGGUGUGGGAUCCCUCCUGGCCGGCUUCGUGGGCGAGUCUACCAUGGUGGCCAUCGCUGCCUGCUACGUGUACCGGAAGCAGAAGAAGAAGGCGGAGAGCACCGCGGCUGCCGAGGGGGAGGACUCGGCCAUGACCGACAUCCCUGGCACCGACGAGGGCGCCGACGUGGUGGAGAUGAGGGAGGAGAACGAGUAGGUGGCGUUCUCGGGAUCCCCUCCUGCUGUCUUCUCGGAGGCUGCUCCGGGAAGAGAAGACGUCGGUUCAUUGUUGGGGAUUCAUGCUCGGAAACUGGGCGCCCCCUCAGUGCCAUCGGUGCACAUGGACACAGG